CUAGGUUGAUAAUCUGAUCUGAAAUAUAAACAAAGAUAUGUUUAAGAUGUUUUAGAAUCCAACUUGAUUACAACAAUGACUUCUGUUCAAGGAAGUGAUGAAAGGGCUGUCUAUGCCAAACUGGAAGCUUUGAAAGAUAUCCGAGCUAAAACUAUACAAUUAGAAAAAAUUAAAUCACGUAUUGUAUUAGAAAUUGAAGCCCAAGACCAGGAAGAAAAAUGUAUUGCAGAGUACAAACAGGAAAUGGAUAUGCUUUUACAAGAAAAAAUGUCACACGUAGAAGAACUGAGACAAAUACAUGCUGAUAUGAAUGCUAUGGAAGGUGUGUUGAAACAAGCUGAAGAAAGUAGAACUCGUUCAAUGGGUUCAGCUAUGAGGCUACAUGAGGAAUAUGUCCCUUUAAAGUCAGAAAUAGAUAGACUCCGUAGAGAAUGCUUAGGUCUAGAUCGUCUUCCUGAUCUACAUGAAGAAGAUGGGUCUCCUAUUUCAGCAGAGAAAUUUAUCCAGCUUUAUAACAGCACUACUAAAUCACAAAGUCAGUCUUUUGCCAAGACUUCUGAUUGGAAUAGACCUUUGGCCCCAACAGAGCACAGUAUGAAUCCUUUGGGUCCUCCUUUACCACCCACAUUUCUUCCACCUCCUAACCCACUGCGUUUAGUAUCGAACAAGUCUGAUCAAGGAAGGCCAUCUACCAUGACACAAGCACCCCAUCCAGGGCCCCCACCACCCACAUUCAGGUCCGAUCUUGGUUUAAGGCAACAACCCCCACCAAUGAAAUCAUGCCUCAGCUGUCACCAACAAAUCCAUAGGAAUGCCCCAAUAUGCCCUUUGUGUAAGGCAAAAUCGAGAUCAAGAAAUCCGAAAAAGCCAAAGAAAAAAUAAAUUUUAAUUUGGGUAAACCCGAAAAUGUGCUAAAUUUUGUACUGUAUUUAAAUAUUGUGUGAAAAAAAAUUAACCAGUGCAAAGAAGUCAAAAUAAAUCUAAUAAUUGAUUUUUUGAGAUUAUCAGUCAAGCACACAUCAUGGAAUUUGGCGAUCAAAUUGAUCAGAAAAGUGUGUGAAUAACAUGAUAAAUUUGGAUUUGUUUUCUGCAUAUAUUGUUUUUUAAUGUAGAUUUUUCCAGAAAAUAAAAUGUAACCUGAGUUCA